AUGCCGCUCUCUAAAUUGGCUUACUUCCCAAUUACGGCAUUGGCAGAACCAAUCCGUUUUAUCUUCAGCUAUGCUAGGAUUCCAUUUGAAGAUGAACGUAUCAAAAAGGACGUCUGGCCAGAAAUAAAUCCCUUGACUUCUUAUGGCCAGCUUCUUCCUAUGCUCGUAGUUGAUAGAAGGAAUGUUGCUCAGUCUAAAGCUAUUUGCCGUUUCGUAGCCAAACAAUAUGACUUAGCUGGAAAGACUGACUGGGCAAAUCUUCUUAUUGAUGCCGCUGUUGAUACUAUUCAUGAUAUUCGUCAUGAAAUUGCCGCCUUCCACUAUGAGGAGGACGAGAAGGUCAAAGCUGCAAAACGCAAGGCUGCUGAAGAGACGCUGCCGUUCAUUUAA